AUGGUGCUGCUUCCUCUUGACGAGUUUUCCCGCUCUUUCUUCCAGUUCAACACUCUCUCUCAUGCCCCCGACUUCGCUAAUGACCCGUCUCCCCGUCGUCCUGCCGCCUUCCUCGUCUUCUGCACGCCUGAAGUAGACAGCGUCUGCUGCUGCCACCUGCUCUCCACCUUCCUCAACUCGCGACUCCUCUUCCUAGACAGUCAGUGGGACUGUAGAAAUGUCGCUCUCGACAUCGAGUUCGUCGGUGGAAUUCCUGACGUACUGGCGUGGAUCGAUCGCCACUUGGACUAUCACUUGAAUCGCGCGUCCGCUCUCGAGUUGCCCGCUGCCUCUGCGUAUCGCCUGCCUUUCUACGACCGCAUUCUGUUCAUCGGCUUGGGUGGGCUGUCAGACGAGGAUGAACUCGACUGCUCCGAGGGGAGUCCGGGCGCGCCGAAACAGGCGGGGCUCACCGCCACGCUCUUUGCUGCUGUCACAGAUCUUUUCUUGAACAAAGCUGUGCAUCUGGAGGCGGUCGAAGAACUGAAGAGACAGCGCAGGAGAGAACGCGCAGAGAGGCUGAGGAGGCAGCCGUUCGCCUUCUUCAACUCCAGGGAGGAAGCUGAAGACGGCAGACGCCAGCCUCCCGGCUCCCCCGAUGACGCAGCCGACGGGGCUGCGGAGGUCCUGACGCCUGAGGACGAAGAACGCGUGCGCCGCCUCGAAACGAAAUUAAGAAACUCAGUCCAAAUCGCUGUUCUCGACGCCCGACGCCCCGUUCACAACACGCUACUUCGUGAUGGCCGGUGGAUCAUGCCGAUGGAGGAGGCGGAACAGGAGGCUUUGGAACGACGACGAAGAGAGCUUCUGGAAUCCAAGGGACUUCCUUCUCUUCUCGCUGCGGGGGUCUAUCGAAGCAAGCCUUGUGCAGCUGUCCUCGCCAAGGUCCUCGAGCCUCUGUAUGAAGUGGAAAGCAGCGCAUACGCGUUCGCGGGAGCUACCGCCGCUGCGGCGUUUCUCCAGGAAGAGUGGAUGUCGAGCGACGACUACAACGACUUGAUUAUGGCCAUCAAAGACAUCAACGUCUCCACUUUUCCCUACAUCGAGGACGACGACAACAACGGACUCCUGCCGCUUCUGCGAAACGGGUGUCUGCGCGACUCUCUGAGCGUGAGCAGUCAGUUGCUUUUCCUCUCUCUCGGCCAUGCCUCGGGCGACGUCUCGCGGUCUUGGGCAACUCAACAGCAAAGCAACGAACUGCGCGUCCAGUGCGGUCUCGAAUGCAAAGACAUGGUGAACCCCUUCAGCGGUCUUGCAGCGUCCCAGCAAAGGGUCGUGUACGACUAUCUCCGGCAGACGCUCCAACUGCGGGACUGCUACUGCCUCAACUGGGCGAAGGACCGGGGGAACCUACCCUCUGUACCCAACGUGGACAUUGCCUUCCUCAUCCAGGCUCUCCUCGCCAAAUCAGGGUCGCAUGAUGCAGUUGGAGCAGCGGAGUAUCGAACCAAUGCCAUCGAGGCCUUGCAGCUCCUUACGAGAAUCACCUCAACAGUCACUCGCGAGCAAAACCUUCUGCUCCAACAACUUGAGAAGACGCAGUCACUCGUGGUACACCAUCGUCUGCAACUGUUUCGGCAUCUGGAUUUGGCUGUUUUGAGUCACGCUCGAGGUGGCGUCUUGCUAGCGACGCUUCGACAUCCUCGAACCUUUCUCCUCCAUCCGGCUUAUAUUCGGGCAUUUGCGCUGCUCUGCUCGCUGAAGCAGGCAGGGGGCGACGAAGAGAAGCGCCUCCCGGUCGUGCUUCACAUCGUAGUGGAGGCGCCAGGACCUGUAGGGGAGCGCAGCAUUUUGUACGCAUGCACUCCAAAUGCGGAUGCGGAAAGUCCAGAUCUCUUCCCCUUUGUUCUUCACCUUCUGGUCUCCAGUGGCGACUUAGCUGAGGGCCUUGCUCGCAGACGGGGCGGGAAGAGAAGCGACGCAGAGCAUACAGAGCCGUCGGCCGUCGCCCGUUGUGUGAAACGCGACGGCGGCUGUCCCCACAUGCUUCACGUGGCAGUCGGUCGGCUAGGCUCAGAUGUCCAGAAGCAAAUUGCUGCUGUCUACGUGAACGAAGUGCGGCGACGCGCCGAAGCAGAGGCUCGGGAGGACGGAGACGACGACGAUCUCGAUCUGGGGAGAGAAGACGAAGAAGGAGAAGAAAACGAUGAUGAGAAAGAAGAGGAAGACGAGAAAGAAGUGGAUACGGAGACGGGAAGGGCCGCGAGUCAAGAGGAUGACGACAAAGAGCAGAGAGAUCUGUCCAACUGGGCGUCCCAGGGCGAACACAGUGAAGAAGAGCUUUCCGAGCACGAGGCAAAACGACGGCACAGCGAAUCGUUUGUGGGUGAAUCAAAAAUGUCUCAAAGAGUGGAAAGGAGGGGAGGUGGGACAGCAUCUGCUUGGUGA